AUGACUACCACAGCUGAACCUCACAAACUCGACUCAAUCGGCGGUCCCCUCUUCCGCAGGCCAGAUACCUCGCACGAAGAGUUCAGCACCGCAUGGCACAGGCACGCGCAGGUUGUUGCGUCAUGGUUCCUCAAGAAGUUCGGAGUCGUAGAGUAUACUCAGAUCCACAUGCCUCGCGCCGACCAUCAGGACAUCAUGUCAGACAAAGACAAAGACAGUCCAGCACGGCGCAUCUUGCGGCAAGCGGACGGGGUAGCCCUGGUCAGGCGCUACCAAACACCCAUGGCUGGCGGUCCAGGACGAUAUUUUGAGGAGGUGAUCCUCACUGACGAACGCCGCUUUCUGCACGAUGAGUCGGGGGCCGGUGCGGUGAAGGGGAACCCGCCGGCUUAUGACGUACCCGAGCUCGCUGUUGAUGAGUGGCGCGAACUGGCCCUGCAGAUGGGAGGUAUCGAGCAUGUCAAGAUCAGGGAUGGACAAGAUGUCGUGGGAGGCGCUUGGUGGGGGAAGUGGGAGGAAAUCGAGAAAUAG